UACCUUAUAUUCCUUCCGCAAAACACCCAGAUAGCUGCGCGCAGCGAGGUGGUUGUUAUAAUCAUCGUUGUAGUUGAUGCAGGAAAAAAAAUCUACGGUGCAAUAUUCAUAUUUAAUUCCUGCGUAAACAGCCAGGGUUGACUUUUGGUGAUCUCGAGUGCAUUAACUCUCGAAUGAUGGCGACGGAAAGUGAAAACGACAUUGAGAUUCCACCAGCGGACACUCAAAUUGAGAAGUCAAAAAAGGAAUUUGUCUGGACUCAACAGGCAACAUGGCUACUAGUCCGUACUCGUUUGUCCAUGGAUGCCGACUUCAAUCGACCAGUGGGCAAGAUGAAGAAACUCUGGGCGAUGGUGGCUGAGAAGGUGACAGCGAGCCUGAAGGAUUUAGGAGAAGAUGUUUCUGUCAAAUCCCAUGAAUGUGACAGCAAGUGGAGGAAUAUGAUGUCAACUUACAGGAAAAAUGCAGAGCGAGCCAAAAGACUUGGUGCUCACAUUGUUCAUUGGGAGUUUUUUCAUGAUAUGCAUGACGUGCUGGGGAAAAUCAGUGAUGAGUUCGAUGGGAAGGACACAUUAAAUGGGAGUAAAUUAGCCACUUUUAUAGCAAGUAAAAAAUAUACCCCAAUCCUUCCUACACCACCUGCCCCCCUCUCCUCUCGCCCUCCCCAAGAUGUAUUGCAGUUAUACUUAGAACUGCAAGAGAGGAAGAUGGACUUGUGGAUGCAACAGAAAGCUUUGGAGGAAAGAAAGAUAGAAGCUAUUAAUAACCUGGCCAGAGCAAUAUCCAGCUUAGCUGAAGACCGUAACACCCAGUCACCAAACAGUGGAUAGGCUUGCAUGCAGGGUAGUGUAGCUUAUGUUAACUCUAUGGUGUGUUUUACUCACUGACAGAUGUACAAUAUUAACAAUAGAGUAAAAUAAAUGGAUCUGAGGUUGUGCAAAUGCAAGUGCUGUUUGUGGGCAAAAUGACAUAAAUGACAAAAAUAACAGCCUCUUGACAAAAUAGAAAUGUGAGAGAAAUAUAGUGGGUAGUCUCCAGCUUUUGGAGUAAAAAAAAAAGAAAAAAAAGAAAAUGUUCCACUAAAUAUAUAUAUAUUUUUUACACUUUUGUUUUUAGCGCAAUAAUUGCCUUUACAUUUGAGCUAAAAUGUGCUUUGUUUUUGUUUUACAUAGUAUUUUUAGUUGUGAUAUUUUUUUUUCUUCAAAAUUUCAGCUUUUCAGAGAGGUUUUCUGGGCAUUAACUAAUGCCAUUGCUAUGUGACUGGAUUUGUAAAUUGUACAUUGUAAAUAUACCGUGCCAUGUAAAAGUA